CCUACCUACCUACACACCUACCUAACUACCUGGGCAAUACACCAUCCUCUCAAUUACAGGUGGUGGUGGUGGCACACAUUAGCAUGUCAAAGCAACCAGGAUCAGGAAGACAUCAAAACAAGCCUUCCUCCAUUCAACUGACACAAUCAGUGAGGAGAUCUACUGCACUCCACUCCACUACACUCCACUCCACUCAGCAUAAAGCGUGAACAACAUCCCGAUUUCAAACACUAAUGUCAGUCAACUCACUGCUUCCAUGUGGUGGUUGACACACUUGGUGGCGCGUUACAAAAAGCGUUUUCAGCAAACAACUGCAGACUACAUCAACAGCUGCCACUUACGAUCACUCAAUACUGACACCGAAGAUCAGAUAGAUGGCGAGAGAGAACGAGCAGCAAGAAACUCUCUCUGGCCUCCCAACGAACCAACAGAGAACCCAUCGCCCAACAAAUAUGCAGAAGAAAGUGGAGCUGGAUUGGAUUUUACACACUCUGAGAAGACGGUUGGGGAUAUCAUGUUUCAGGCUGUGGAAUGGAAGUGGAAUGGUAAACGACGAGUUGUGCUUCCGAGGUGAGGAUGAUAUGGAGUUGAUGUUGUGAGGAAGAAAUGAAAGCUUCUGAG